AUGCCUCACAACAACUGCCUCGUCGUCGAACUACAGGUUGGUGAUGUCGAGGUAAGCAGGAUACGGAUCAACAGUUCGGUGAACGUCAUCUUCAAGGAAACCCUUAAGAACAUGGAUUUCCCGGACUCAGAAAUCAAGCCAUAUAUGGAGUCGCUAACCGGCUUCACCGAAGAUAAGACAAUGACAGUUGGUACGGUGAACGUACCGAUCUACGUCGGAGGAUCAGCUCGAAUGAUCAAGUUUCUAGUCCUCAACAAGCUGGAGAUUGACAACACCAUCCUAGGAACUCAGACCAUAUCCCGGCAAUGCCAUCUCACCGAGUGCAAACUCAGUCUUGCACGAACAUGCAUCAUAGGCCCCUGCCAGAAAGACAGUUUUUCGGUGGUAAGCGAGUUCGCCCAACCAAAGCAAAGCCUUGUCGAACAGGUCGGCAUCGAUCCAACCAAUCCGGAGAGAUGCGUAGGAAUAGACGCUGAACUCGAUAAAGAUAUCUGGGAGGCACUCGUCAACUUCUUCCGGAAGAACGUCGCCACAUUCGCAUGGUCCAUCGACGGCAUGCCGGGAAUCAGCCCGGAGAUCACUUGCCACGAGCUAAACGUUGAUUCGACCUAUAAGCCGAUUAAACAGAAAAAACGCAAGCUCGAACCAGAAAAGACGCGAGCGGUCAACGACGAGAUCAAAAAGCUUCUUAAGGCUGGUUCAAUCAUGGAAGUCCGAUACCUGGACUGGUUAGCAAAUCUAUUGGUAGUAAAGAAGAAGAACAGAAAGUGGAGGAUCUGUGUCGACUUCACCGACCUGAAAAAAGCCUUCCCCAAAUACAGCUUCCCCUUGCCUCACAUUGAUCCUCUUGUGGAAGCAACAGCCGGAAACGAAUUGCUAUCCUUUAUGGACGCCUUUUUGGGGAUACAAUCAGAUACUGAUGCACUCCGAUGA